AUGGAGGAUGGAUGUGUGAUCAUGAUCAUUGUGGUCCACGUGGAUGACAUUUUUGCCGUAGGGCAGAAGGAGAGGUGUGACAAGUUUGGCAGUGACCUCAACGAGAUGGUCCCCGUGAAAAACCUUGGGGAGUUGAGGUGGUACUCCGCGUGCUUUUACCAGAGAGAUCUAGAGAGAGGCCUUUUGAGGAUCUCGCAGCAAAGGUUUGCAGAAGAGUUGGCUGCAGAGUACGGCGUUGAGUGGGGGAAGAGUGUGCCCUUGCCUGUGAGCGUGAAGCUCACCGACUUUGACGAAAACGAAGCGUGUGCUGAUGUCCCGUUUCGCGAGUUGGCAGGAUCCCUGAUGUGGUUGGCCACUCUAACCAGGCCGGACAUCGCGAAUGCAGUACGAGCAGUAGGGCGGUAUUGCGCGUCUCCCAAGAUGGUGCUCUGGAAGGCAGCACUUGGUAUUUUAGGGUACGUGCGUAGGACGAGUUGGAUGGGGAUUACAUUUGAGAGGGGAGUGGUCACUGGCAUGAGCAUGCAGGUGUUUGUGGAUGCCGACUAUGCAAGCAAGGCAGCAGACCGUAGGUCGGUCUCAGGAGGGCUAGUGAUGUGUGGGGGUGGGUGUGUGACUUGGUUUUCGAGGACGCAGAAGUGCAUCACGCUCUCCACAACGGAAGCAGGUAUGCCGUGCAUUCCGGUGUUCUAG